GUGUGGAGGGGGGGAAGCGGAAACUUUCCUAUAAAACUCAGCAAAGUCCCUCCUCUCCACGUCAGGCCAAUGACACUGCUGCCCCCAAACUUUCCGCCAGCAGGAGCUAUAAGAACCUCCAAGUCUUCAACUUUCUCCCAAUCCCAGACACCUCGAAGGGGCUCCAAGGAGGGAUCGGGAGGGAUUUUUUUUGGUUGGCUUUUUUUUUUUCCUUUUGGAUCCUGAUGCCAUCCCCCCUCCCCCCAAAGUGAGGUCCUCCCUCCCUCCCUCCCUCCUCCUCCUCCUUCUCCUCGCAGGCCAGCGAAGCAGCCGAUCAAGGGGGAGCUGGCGGGUUAGGUGCCCCCCUCUUCUCCCUGCCCUCCCCCCCCUCCCGGCCCGCUUCUCGCGUCUCCCCCCAGAGAUGAUGCAGCAGGACGAGUCAAACUCGCCAGUCUCCCCCGCCGACGACAGCUUGAGCAACAGCGAAGAGGAGCCGGACCGGCAGCAGCUGCCCAACAACAAGAGAGGGGGGCGCAAGCGGCGCUCCAGCCGCCGCAGCGCCGGCGGCGCCGUCGGGGCGGCGGACGAGCCCUGCAGCCCGGCCCAAGGCAAGCGGGGCAAGAAGUGCGGGGCGGGCGGGGGCGGCGGCGGCGGCAGCAGCAGCGGCGGCGGCAGCCCCCAGUCCUACGAGGAGCUGCAGACCCAGCGGGUCAUGGCCAACGUGCGGGAGCGGCAGCGCACGCAGUCGCUGAACGAAGCCUUCGCCGCCCUGAGGAAGAUCAUCCCCACGCUGCCCUCGGACAAGCUGAGCAAGAUCCAGACCCUCAAGCUGGCCGCCAGGUACAUCGACUUCCUCUACCAGGUCUUACAGAGCGACGAGCUGGACUCCAAGAUGGCAAGCUGCAGCUAUGUGGCCCACGAACGGCUCAGCUACGCCUUCUCGGUGUGGAGAAUGGAGGGCGCCUGGUCCAUGUCCGCAUCCCACUAGCAGGCGGCGUUCCCCACCCGCAUCCCCCCGGCAGGAGCCCUAGAUGACAUUGCUCCCACAGAAGGAGAAAAUGGACAAUCUAGAGACUCUGAAGUUGGAUACGAUUUUUUUGGUCUUGUCUUAAAAAAAAGAGUACCAAGGAUUUCUUGGAAAUUGGAAGAGCAAUAUCCAAAUUCAAAGCAGGGCGUGGGGAGCACUUAAGGAAAGAGAAAGAGACAAGGGCUUUGGACAGUGACUACCCUUUGGGCGUCGGUACAAUCCACACAUCUCUGCAUUCUGAUAGAAGUCUGAAUCGUUCGAUUUUUUUUUUAAUUUUGACGAAGAAUGUUGGAAUUUAACUUUUUUUUUAUUUGCCUUUUUUUUUUUUUUUUUUUGCAUGCAUUCCCAAGAGGUCGUGCCUAUGAGCCACUGUUGAAAGGAAAUAUAUUAUUGUGGACUUUCUUCAUUCUUGAAUGAAACCAACCAACCAACCAAAAAAAAUCCCUGUAGAGAUGAAAACAUUUUUUUUUUUUAAGGGGGGAAUAAGCUGGGCUCAAGCUGUUAUAUACCCGGUUCCUAACUUUUUUAUUAUUAUUAUUUUUCCUCUGAGAAAAAAAUAAACAUUUUAUUUAUUUAUUGAUGACCCAUGUUAAAAUGCAAAUAGAUCCGGUGUCUAAAUGCAUUCCUAUUUUUAUGAUUGUUUUGUAAAUAUCAUUGUAUAUUAUUUUUCUGCAAUAAAUAAAUAUGACUGAAAUUUUAAUAA